GCCAGAUAAGCAAGAUCAAUCAGAUCAAUCAGAUCAUGGGGACCGGUUUCAGUUACAAGCACAUCAUGCACAGUUAUUCGACAGGCUACUUCCAAGGACAUCUAUAGCCAAGGAUCCGGAGAAUCCUAUGGUGGUCUUGGAUUGUCUGGCUCGGGAUUUAUUAACUAGGAUUAGCUCUACGGCACUCCACGGGGUGAUAGGGCACACGUCAUGCAACUUCGAAACGUGCGUCUACAUAAAUAACGGCGUGAGUGAUCAAUUGAACAUCGACCUACUCGAAAUUGCCCUUGCACUAUUCUUGAUUCGCGAUGCUCUUCCUGAACUUUCUUUUUCCAUUGCUGCAUCUAUCACACGCAGCGUCCAUCAUCUCGCGAUCCCAUUCCUAUCCACUCAACUCUCAUUCGUAUACGCUCGGCCCUGAAACCGACCUAAUAAUUUCCAAUAAAGUCAUAGCUCCAGACGGGUUUGCGCGUUCUGCAACUCUUGCCGGAGGAACAUUUCCAGGUCCAAUCAUCUCAGCCAAGAAGGGUGACAAAUUUGCGAUCAACGUCGUGAACCAACUCACUGACGAUUCAAUGUUGAAAAGUACCAGUGUGCAUUGGCAUGGAAUCUAUCAGAACAGGACUAACUAUGCAGAUGGAGUCGCGUUCGUUACUCAAUGCCCCAUUACGCAAAACGACUCGUUUCUGUACUCCUUCGAUGCACAGGGGCAGGCGGGAACAUUCUGGUAUCAUAGCCACUACUCGACCCAACAAUGCGAUGGCUUGCGCGGGGCUUUGAUUAUCUACGAUUCCGAUGAUCCUCUAUCCUACUUAUAUGACAUUGACGAUGAGGCCACUGUGAUCACCCUUGCUGACUGGUACCAUACGGUUGCCCCUGCUUUGAACCAUUUCGUCACUGUCAGUGCCAAUUCAACACUCAUCAACGGUUUCGGUCGAUACGCGGGUGGCCCCACCGAUACCGAACUUGCGGUGAUCAACGUUGAGUGCGGUAAAAGAUACCGCCUACGUAUCAUAGCACUGUCCUGCGAGCCCAAUUUCGUGUUCUCCAUCGAUGGCCAUAACUUGACGGUCAUCGAAGCGGAUGGUCACCUGACGGAGCCCCUCCUCGUGGACUCUCUCCGGAUAUAUGCUGGACAACGACACUCUGUUGUGCUCAAUGCGACUCAGCCAGUAGACAAUUACUGGAUACGAGCAUUCCCAAAUACCUUGUACUCGACCUUCGAUAAUCGCCAGAACAUGGCCAUCUUGCGAUAUCAGGGUGCACCUGUCACAGAGCCAACUACGAACCAAACCACAAGUACUAUGCCGCUUGCUGAGAACAACUUGCAUGCACUCAUUAAUCCCGGUCCACCUGGCAUUCCGGGAUAUGGGAAUGCAGAUAUCAACUUGAUGAUGAUUGUCAACAAAACAGAUGGAAUAUAUUACACCAACGGCGUUACAUUCGAGAAUCCCUCAGUGCCUGUGCUGCUCCAGAUCCUCAGCGGUGCACAAGAGGCAGCCGAUCUCCUUCCAAAGGGAACUGUUUAUGUUGUAGAGCCUAACAAGGUCGUCGAACUGACGAUGAUAAAUGGUGAAGUCCGCGGCCCACAUCCAAUUCAUCUUCACGGCCACAGCUUUGAUGUCGUUCAGAGCACUUUCAACAGCCCUUUCAACUACGUCAAUCCUGUGCGCAGGGAUACAUCAUACAUCGGGCUUUUGAACCAACAAAUGGUUAUUAGGUGGGUCACCGAUAACUCUGGUCCAUGGCUGCUGCAUUGUCAUGUCGACUGGCAUCUUGAGCAUGGGUUCGCUGUAGUUAUGGCCGAAAGUCCCUCGGACACUCGGAAGCAUCUGAACCCCUUACCCAAAACACAGAAAAAUCUUUGCCCAACGUUCGAAUCGUUAAGCCCAUCCCAGGUUGGAGGCGUAAAUUCAUAUAAAGAAGCAGAAAAUCUCGCCAUCUCGUUGGGGCAAAAUAUCACCACAGCGCUGUUUCCCUCAUAGUGUAUACUGUCGUAAUGGAAGUCUGAGAGCAAGGCGGCAUGAGAGAUUAACACUGACACUACACCUGACUCAUUGGGAACGGCACAAUUCUGUGGAGUAUAGCUAAGGGCGCAGUUAGAAAUCAUCCAGAUGGGGUAUCUCGAACGACGAC